CAACCCUAAUUUUCUAUCACAGUCUUUGAGUCCACUGGAGACACUUUUCACAAACUUUGUAAUCCAAUUCAGUUUCUAGGGUCUAGUUGUGCCUUCGUGCUCUCACUUCCCAAUUCGAUUCUCUAUCAUCCUCUAUUUCAAUGGGUGAGCAAGUUGAUAAGAGAUUCACAUGGGUUUUGAAAAACUUCUCCGAUUUGCAAGACGAGCCUAGCUUCUCUCGCCCUUUCGUCUUCGCCGGUUGCAAUUGGCAUAUAAUUGCUUACCCCAAGGGGUAUGAGAAGUGCAGACACUUAUCUCUGUAUCUGGGUAUUGUAAAUCCUGAAUCUUUACCAUCAGGAUGGAGAAGAGUAUUGAAGUUUCGCCUCACUCUUGUUAAUAAGGUCUGGAGAAGUGAAACAAAAGUAUUAGAAGGGCAACGGUGGUUCGAUGCAAGUAGUAGCGUUUGGGGGUUUAAAGAGUUCAUCCCCCUUUCAACAGUUCGUUACAGAGAUAAUAAAUUUCUGGUUGGUGACAAAAUUGUUAUUGUCGCUGAACUACACCUUUUUCCAGUUGUUGUGGAAACUGUGAAGAUUAUUCAACCUCUGAGCUGUAAUGAAGGAAGCCAAGUUGCUGCUGGAAAAUCUCAGAAUGCUGCAUCCUCUCAAGAGAAAGUAGUAGACUUUGAUGUCUCUCAGGGGAUUCCCUGUGUUGAUGCAUCUCAAGAGGGUUUGGAUGAUGAUGGUGCAUCUGAAGAGAAUGUUGAUGAUGAUGAUGAUGGCGCAUCUCAAGAAGGCUCAGAUGAUGAUGGUCCAUUGGAAGAGGGCUCUGAUGAUGAUGAUGAUGAUGCUUCAUCUCUUGUUUCUGAAGAUGGAAGUAGUGAAAAAGGUUCUUUGAAGGACGGAUCUCUUACAGUAAGAAACUGUGGUAUGAAGUGUAACAAUGUGGCAUCUGAGACUGAGGUUUCCAAUGUGGAUUAUGAUAAUGCGCCUAUAGAGGAUCCAGGGGAUGAUGAUGUAAUUGAAAAUGAUCAGGGUGAUGAUAAUACUUCGUCUCUUGUUUCCGGUGUCAGUGACAGAGAUGUAGGCUCUCUAAACAAAUUUGAGGUCGCCUCUCAGAGAGAAGAGGAUGGUGAUAUGAAGUGUAAUAAAGUAGCAUCUGUUACUGAGGCUUCCAAUGAUUUUCCGGAGGAGGUUCAACCAGUAAAGGAAACCAAACAUGUUAAUGGUUUUCAGGUUUUAUCUUCACAGGUUGAAUCAGUGAGCCACAUAUUCAAAAGACACCCGGACAUAGCAUUAGGCUUCCGUCCAAAGAACCAAGAGAUCAGAAGAGCUUACAUGAAUGAACUCUUUAACCUCAUCGAGAUGCUCUGCCAGCCACCAGAGAAGCUCUCCGUGGAUGAUCUGAGCAAUGCUGAUGACACGCUGGCUGAUCUGAUUGAUGUUGGCUUUAAAUUGGAUUGGCUGAAGAUAAAGCUGGAUGAGGUUUCUGAGAAGAAGAAGAAGGAAAAGGGUAGUGAGGCUCGGCUACGAACAAUGGAGGAAGAGUUGCAGAAGCUGAAGCUGAUGUUCGUAAAUCUUGAAAUUCAGCUGCAGAAGGAAAAGGCGGAGGCUUUGGCUGCAAGAGCUCCUCUCUCGUUCGAUGAUGUUGUUUGCUGAUUUUGAGACUGCUUUUGAUUGUGUUGAAACUAUAUUACUCCUCCCUUCUUUGUUUCGUAGCAGUAAAACUAUCCCUACCAACCUAGGAGGACCAUCUAUGGUCUUUUUAUACUAGCAAGGAAUUUUAAUGACAAGGAAAAAAUAGUAUCUGUGAAACU